AUGUCUGAUCAAGACCGAUAUGAUGCCUUGACCGGCGCCCGGCAAAAGUCAAUCAUGGUUUCCGGCUUCGCCAACUGGAAUGCAUUCACACAAGCGACCGGCCAACUCCUCGCAGCCAUCAACGCCACAGAGAAAAAGUACACUGCAGCACACCCAAAAUCGACACACGAGAUUUCCAGGAUCAAGGAUCUUCAGGCACGAAUUCGCGAAAACAAGAACGAUGCCCUCCAAAGCGUACGUAACGAAGCCGACUUCCCGCCAACACUACUCCAAGCUCAUCGCUUUGCUGCGUACUACAAUUCCCCGGAAGCGUUUCUGCAUAGAAACAAGAACUUAUGUGGAUUUAAAGAACGCGCUACGGACAGCAAGAAGAACCUCGCUUCAGCACUAAAGCUGGGUAUACGCAUGAAGGAAUUCGACGUUGCUGUAGUGGAGAAGUUCCCGAAGUUGUGCGAGGAGUAUCGAGUCCUCAAUGCCCGUUUGAGUGGCCAGUCGCAAGAAGAAGCCCGGCCUAAAGAGUCUGGCAUGCUUGAGGAGCACCCCAUUCCUCUUUGCGCAAAGAAGAUAUCUCUCAAGGACAAAUAUUUACAGCGUCAUCGUCACGAUCGCGCGAUUUGA